AUGCCCCGACUAAAAAGGGUCGCCAUAAUCGGCGCAGGCCCUUCUGGCCUAGUAACCGCCAAAACACUCCUCCACAGCUUCCCCCAUGGAACCUUCAGCCCCACCAUAUUCGAAAAGAGCCACAGAAUCGGGGGCCUCUGGCCAUCCGAGCCAUCAAUCACUGGGCAUGGAGCUACGACCGCUUCUAGAGGGUUGAUCAGCCCGUCGAUGCGCACGAACCUGAGUCGCUUCUCGGUUGCCUUCUCCGAUCUGGCGUGGGAGUCGGUUCUUGGUGAUGCUGACGCCGACGCGGAGGUCCCGGUGUUCCCGCAGGCGUGGCAGGUGGGCAGGUACCUGGAGAAAUACGCGGAGAGGUAUAUCCCGGACGGGGUACUGAGGCUGGGGGCGGAGGUUGUGCAGACGGAUCGUGGGGUGGCUGUGGAUGGGUUAAGGGCUGGAUGGACGGUGCGGUGGGUGGAGAGGAGUGUUGAUGGGGACUGUGGAAAGGAUGCUGUGAAAUCAGAGCAGUUUGACUACCUCGUCGUCACGUCCGGAUACUUCGCGAAGCCUCACUUUCCGGAUAUCCCCGGGUUGGAUCGGUUCGGUGACAACGUCGUUCACAGCACGGAGUUACAGAGCCCGGAGGACGUGCAGCGGUUGAUUGACAGGUCUGGGUCAUCGGGUCCGGGAGGCAAGCUGGUCGUCGUCGGGGGGAGUAUGUCUGGAGUUGAGGCCGCGUCUACACUCGCUCUACACCUAUCGUCGUUGAACCUCUCACCAGGUCAAUCCGGAAGAGACUACGAGGUCCACCACGUCUGCUCAAGACCCUUCUGGACGAUACCCACGUACCUGCCUCACAGCUACUCGCAAGGAACCAGCCAAGCACAAACGAAAGAUACCCCAUUCCUACCCCUAGACCUCGUCCUAUAUGACCUCGGCCGCCGACCCCCAGGCCCAAUCGAGCAUGGUUUUGGGCCCCCCUCCACGCAGCAAAUAGGCAAGAUAAACGGCUAUUUCAGCUCCCUCCUCGGAGAGGACUACACCCGCACCGGCAGCUUCGGGAUCACCAACCCCAACCCCAAACUCACCUCCACCUCCACCCCCACCCCCACCCCUACCCCCCAACCCCCCUGGGUAGCAAUCGGCGACGACUACGCAGAAUACGUCCGGGCCGGGUCUAUAACCGUCACCAUCGGCCGCGUCUCCAACAUCCACACCGACCCCGACCCCGACACCAGCAAAACCAACCUCCCAUCCCUAACCAUAACUCUCCCCCAAACCCAAACCAACCCCACCUCCCACCCCCCAAAACCCUCACCAACAUCACCGCCAUAAUAGCAGCCACAGGCUUCACCCCACUCCCUCUCUCUCCUUCCUUCCACCUUUCGUCCUCAAAACCCUCGAAUACUCCCCAGCCGAUGCCUUCCUCCCUCUCAUCCUGGACGGAAAAGGUACCUCCCACGCUGAAAUCCCUGACCUGGGGUUCGUGGGCUUCUACCGCGGUCCAUACUGGGGGGCUAUGGAGAUGCAGGCGAGGAGUGUGGCGAUGAGGUGGGCUAGAGAUAAG